CUUGAAACCGACCAACCUCUUCGGCUUCGGCUUCGGCUUCGGCUCCCCCCUCUCCGCCACGAUGUGCGAGAUGCUUGAUUCGGUGGUAGCGUCGUCGAUCCUCGAGUUCCUCCUCCGCCGCUCAGACUUCAGCACCUCCCUCGCCGGAGAAUGCCUGAUCGCACUCCCCGUCUCCUUCCCUCUCUCCUCUCGCCUCGAAGCCUCUCUCCUCCUUCGUCGUCUUUCUGCCGAUCUCUCUCGCCGAUCUAUUUCACUCAGCACCCUCCACACCCUCGAGCACCUCUACCGUCUCCAACGUUUCCCUUCCCUACUUCCUGCCUUCGCCUCUGUCGCCGUCGAGUGCACUGUCGCUCCCCUCCGCCGCCGCCCUUUCUUCUCAUCCUCCUCUAACAAUGACGCCGAGUUCUUCGACGCAGUCAAUAGGAUAUGGAAUUGUAAGGUGUCUGACAUCGAGCAGUCGGAGGUCUCUGAAUUGGUGUCUCCGGCGAUGAGAGAGGCGAGAAAGGAGAUGGAGGCCGCAGUAGUGGAUCCUGCAUUGAGGGAGGAAUUGGUCCGGCGAGAGACUAAGGAAUCGGCUCUGGAGGCUGUCAUGGUUUUUGUGGAGGAGGCGGGGAAGGAGAUGGGUCCGACGUUUCUUGAGGCUGCCGCGGAAGCAGUUCUGGGUUGGGAGAGGGAAGAUAGCAGGGCAUUAAGCAACCUUGACAGAUCUUUGAGAGCACUGCAAGGAAAGAUCAAAACUUUGCAUUCCUGUAAGUUCCAGCCAACAGAAAAUGAUGCUGAAAUGCAUCGCGCACCAAGCAAGAUGAACGCAUCAGGAUCAAAGGUUCUGUCCGACCAAGACGGGAGCAAUAAGGGCUUUAAGUUGACAGGGUGUAGUUCUAGGGGAGAUCAUGGAGAAGAUGGAAUGGUUGCUGCAGAGCAAGAUUUCUGCAUCGACAAUCCCACAACUUCUCGAGGAAAGGGUGGCGAUGAUAAAAAUAGCAAUGAUGAGUUCCGGUUAGAACACUCUAGUCCACUUCCAUCUGAUGCGAAUGCUACAAACAACAAUGAUGAGACGGAUUUUUCCAAGAAAGUUUCUCUGUCUGAUGAAAAACCUAGAUGCAACUUUUCAGAUGCUGAUACCGCUACCAGUUUGGAUGGGUUUAAAACUAAGAAGCGUAGUUUAAUGGACAGGAAUGCAACUGCUUCAACAUAUGAGUGGGAUUCUGGUGAAACCGAAUUUGGGCAAUCCCUACAUCGAGGAAAGGAAAUGAACAAAUUGAGACCAGGUAGGUCAGGUGAAGGAUUGUUUUUCAGGAGGAGAAGAAGGAUAUGGAAUCCACACGAGGAAAUGACUCUAAGAAAUGCUGUCGUGCAGUAUGGUGCUGGGAACUGGAAACUCAUAAAGGCCAGCCACUCUGAAAUAUUUAGUAAAAGAACUGAGCACGAUCUGAAGGACAAAUGGAGAAAUAUGACUAAAUUUUGAAAUCUUCUUAGCCUAGCAGUUCGCUGUCGAAGAAAAAACCCAGAGAGAUUGCUUCUGCAAGCCUUGACAUUAGUUCUCUGUAGGAAUUUCCAAGAACAGCAACUACGUCUCCCUCGAUGAUUUGUUGAUCUCAGAAUCUCAUUAAACGGUUGUCUCUAGACCAAUGCCAUUUUCACUUCUCCAUGCUGAUCUUCUAUUUGCAGGGCCAAGCUUUUGCGACUUGUAAAUUCCUAUUUCGUCUCGAUCAAUUUGCGAAGUUGGAUCGGUGGUGUGUCAUUGAACUUAAUGGUAAUUGCAAUGCUCUCGCUCCCCCUUUAAGUUAAAAGUUUUGCUAAAUGGGAAAGUGAAGCUGCAUGUUGAUUCUUACUGUGAAAUGUUGAUUAGUUAACAAUUUUACACAUGAAAGUAUAUUUCGAUUUUGAAA